AUGCCUGCCAACACACUGUCCCCUCCUAGUCCAAUAUUUUACACUAUUUUCGCUUUCGCAAUCCAAUCUCUCACGACGCUCGUCGAUGCGGCCCCUAAAGGUAGCGGGACCAGCGGUGGUGGAGGGAGAGGCGGCAGUUCUGGCAAGAGUAGUUCGAAAGGAACCUACGGUGGCGGAGGUGGAGGCAGUUCGGGAGACGGGAGAAAAACCAAGUUGAAGCCCGGGGUCAUCGUGGGGAUCGUCCUUGGUGCAAUCGCAUUUAUUCUGCUCUUAUACCUUGCCUUUUUCCUCUACCAGCGCCGACGUCGGUCCAACCAGCAAAAGAAGAUUGCCGACAAAGAGGGCUCUAUACAUUCAUAG